CCUCCUCUCUUAUAAAUACAAGAGCAGAACUGGGAUCCCAGGGUAUCAGAGAGCACAGUGCCACGAGUCCCCAGACCAGCUUCACCUUCCACUGGGAAAAUGAAGGUCUUCGCAGCUGCCCUCCCCUUCCUCAUUGUUGCUACUGCCUUUGGAGCCCAGGUCCAGGCCCUUCAUGAACCCAUGGUGGCAAUACGUCCGCAUGAAACCUCGAUACAUCUGCAAGGCUUUCACCGUCCCUCUGACUGCUGCACCCACUACACUCCACGGAAAAUCCGAUGUGGAUUCAUGGAAGAUUACUAUGAAACAAGCAGCGGGUGCUCCCAGCCAGGUGUCAUGGUGCCACUGAGAAGAUGUUCUGUCAAUGAUCUCCUUCACCUGUAUGAUGAAACAAGUUUUUCAGCCUCCUUAUUUUGCCAUCAAGCUGACACAUGUCCUUUAUAUAGAACAGAAAUGUCUCAUCUUACGGUCAGCUGAUGUUACCUUUUCUGAUUUCCUCUGCUACUACAAACUUAUUUUCAUUUUCAUAUUUCUUCUGCCAUUUCCAUGGGACUUGGGGAGGUGGAAGAGGCAAACACAGAUGCUCAGGGUUCCAGCUUAUAUUUUGACUCAUUUAUGAUCUCUCCUGUUGCUCUCUUCACUUCACUGUAUUCUGUUUGGAUUCAGCACCUUUGAGUUAACACCAGCCCACUGAGCCCUAGAAUCAAUGACUGAAUGAUCACAACAGCAACUUUUUGGCUUCAGUGAAUCCUCAUUGAAAAAUCUCAAAAAGUUGUUGGGUUGAAACUGUGCUACACCCAGGAGGAGUGUGUGUGAUGUCAUCGGGUUCUCUAGCUGGCCAAGUCGUCAGCUCAGUAGAAUGAAAUGGAGAGCAUAGACCCACAGAGCAGUACAGAUGGCAGAGGACUAAGUGUCUCCUAGUCAAGGCUUUGGGUCAUGACAAUGGCAGCUGAAAAGAAAUGAGGGAUAGACACUGAGAUGUUCCUUUCUAACUGAGCAUCUGGUCAUUCUGGUCUUUGGGGUCUU